CGUCGGAAAGGCGUCGUCGCCGAGGAGGAAAGAAGAAAGCGGGGGCCGGACGGGCCGGGGUUGCGGGCUGAUGGAUCUCCCGUUGUGGCCCCCCCUGCUCGGCCUCUGGUGCGCGCUGUGCCUGGCGUCCGGACAAAGGCACGCGGUCUUCUGGAACAGCACCAACCCCAAGUUUCAGCAGGAGGAUUUCACCGUGGAGGUGCGUCUCAACGAGUACUUGGACAUUAUCUGUCCACAUUACGAGGAUCACAGCGUCCCCGCUCAUUCUAUGGAACGGUACACUUUGUAUCUGGUGGAGCAAGAGGAAUAUGAAAUAUGCAAACCAGGUUCUAAGGAACAGAUCCGCUGGCAGUGCAAUCGGCCGGACGCUCUACACGGUCCCGAACGCCUCUCCGAGAAAUUCCAGCGUUUCACGCCAUUCACCCUCGGCAAGGAAUUUCAGGAGGGCCACGAGUAUUAUUAUAUCUCAAAACCAAUCCACCGGCAUGGAGCUUUCUGCCUCAAACUGAAGGUGAAGGUGGUUGGGAAAAAAACUCAGACACCCCCUGGCCAUGGCCCCACGCAGAAUGGGCCCAUUCAAUCAGACGAUCCGGGCGCCCCGAUGCUGCGGAGCGUGGGGCAGAACUCGGCCCCCCGGCUUUGCAGCCCGUUUCCCUUCAUCAGCCUCUUGCUGCUGGUCUUCAUGCCCCGGGGGCCCUGAAAGGAAUCCCGGGCCCGGACUGAACCCCCGGGAUUGGGCCAGGCAGGGCGGCCGUAGGCGAGGUGCACGAGGCGAGUCUCCCGGGCACCGUGGAUCUUCAGUAUUAUCGGGCUCAACCCCGGGCACCGCUGGCGUGCGAGGAAGCCAGUGUACGUUGGUGCCAUGAGAAGAACGCUCCCGGCGGGCCAAUCGACUCUUUUGUUCUAGAGAGAGAUCUUGUUGGACUCCCCAACGUGGAGAAGCAAAAGCGGUGGGCAGAAGCCUCACCAGUUUGGGCACCAUGUGUCCUGCAGGUCGGAGACACCGAGCGUUCCUGCCCCGGGCGGGCCGCGUUGGAUGGACUUUUUCCAAGGAAGGUCGACGCAGACUAAUUCCAGGGCCACCCACUCCCCCUGGACUGAAGGGGGCAUGUGAAUAAUUUAUCGGACCUAAAUCAGGCAGGACCUGGAUUUGGGGAGGACCCCCCGCCCUGUGACUUUCCGUCUUCCCUUCGUCGGACUUUCGUCCUUGCCAUCUGGAGGGGAAGGGCUUGUCCCAAGAACGUGGAUCCGAAAGCUCUGAUCGAUCGUAUUUAUUGGGAGGACAGGUGAAGGUUACACAUCACCAGCGUUCCAGGAAGGACCCCAAUGUCCAACGAGGCAUUUAUACAUACCGCAAAUUUAGGGCAGCAAAACGCUGGUUCGUUGGCUUCUGGGUUUUUGAUCCCAAGGGGGUGGAAACUUGCCUUUUGUUAUUUUUUUAUAGAGGAGGUUCGGUCAGGAUCUCUUCGUUAUCUGGGUAACGGCGGGGGUUGUCACGGCAGGAGAAAUCUCACACCCUUCACCUCUCCGCUGAAGUAUGAGGGACAAUCUGUGAAAAACGGGGCUGUCCUCAAAAGGGCCAUGUAGCAGCAUCUGGUUUCCAGCAGUGCUCAGCUGUUAAAGCCGUAAAUCAGGAAUGUUGUUGACUCUUGUGCCACCCUGGCACUGUCUGUUCACGUGGGAUCCCUUGAGCUGUGGGUAAACACAGGUUGUCCUCAUUUAGCGACCACCGUAGGAGCUGGUGACCUGGUUAAGCGAAGCAAUCGGCGAAACUCGCUUCAACUUUCCUUUGCUUUAUGGACCUGCGGAGGUCGUCAACGCGAGGACCGGCCACAGAGUUACUUUUUCAUCACUGCCGUAACUGCGAAUGGUCACAGAACGAGGCGGUCGCUAAAUGAGGACAACUUGUAUUGGCAACUCUGUAUUCCGCUUCUGAUUCCAGUCCUAGCCUUUCCCGAGCGAUCAGUCCAUCGCUGUGAUUUGUGGAUCGGUUCUUCCAAAUCCCUGGCUGCUUAAAUUGAUCAGGGAGGCGGCUUCAGUUGUAGAGGGCGAUGAGAAAGGGAUGGGCCACUCAGAAAGGGGUGAAAUACUGGAGGGGAAUGGGGAAAUUUA